AUGCCUCGCACACCGAUCACACCAAGUCGUUCUUUCCAGAUCCGUACCAACGGGCUCUUCAAGAAAGGCAACACUUUGUUCAACUUGUUGCACCCUAAGGUUGUGGUUUUUAUCCAUCCUGGCAGCGCUAUGAUCCCUGGAUGUGGGGAAGCACUUGCCUACGCCUCUCAUGGGAGGGAAGAGUGGCCUGAACUUUACAAGUUCUUCGAUUCAACUGGUGUGAGACCUCAAAAUAUAUGCGGGCCCGAUGAUUUUGAUACCGUGGCCGCUCGUCGGUCUGUGGCCCCGACCGACCGAGCACCCGCUCCUACAAUUCAGCCCUCCCAGCUGCCUCGGGGGAUCCCGUGUCCUGAGAUGCCUCACCAGACCAAGUUCUUGCGGCCUGAACAGGAGAGUCAGUCUUCCGAUUCGUAUCGAGAGAUUCCAUUUCCCGAGAUGGCUCCUAUGCCUCACCAGGCCAACUUCUUGAGCUCUGACCCUGAAAGCCAGUCUUCCGAGUCUCUUCGAGUCACUCCAGUUCCGGAGACGACCUCGGUGCACCAGCAGGUACAUGGCAUGACACCUCCGAUGACUGAACAGGGCAUCGAUGAAUCACUCCUUUCUCAGAUAAAUGAAUCAUUGGAGCAUGGAUUAGGUGACCUCCAGUUUGAACCACAAACUCGGCCGAGAGCGCCCCAGGGAGUGGACAAGAGGACUAAAGCAUUGGGACGACCUGAUAGUGAGCGCUUGAAUUGGUCCCGUGAGGGCACACCGCUCGCAGCGAACAAGCGUAAGGCAGCGCCGGAUGCGGAGGGGAUGAGGAAGCGGCGAUCCAUGGCUGGGCCAGAGGAUCGAGACCGCCGCCGAAAAAUGAUGACUCGGUCACAGGGAAGGGGACAUUCCUUUUACUCUAAGUAG